AUGUCAUCAGUGGCCGUGCCUGCUUUCCAGACGGACCCUCUGUCGCCCAACAAGCAGUCGGUGCUGGGGGUGGCGCUGGCGGCGGGGGGGGAGGCGAUGGGGCCGAUGAGGAGGAGGAAGGCGGCGGUGCUGGUGGCGUUGUUUGAGGGCGAGGGGGGCGAGCUGCGCGUGUGGCUUACUAAGAGGGCUGCCAAGCUCUCCUCGCACUCCGGCGAGGUGGCGCUACCGGGCGGCAAGAGGGACGAGGGCGAUGCAGACGACAGCGACACGGCGCUGAGGGAGGCGGAGGAGGAGAUAGGCCUGCACCGCUCCCACGCGCGAGUCGUCACACACCUCGAGCCCUUCCUCUCCAAGCAUCUGUUGACAGUGACGCCAGUGGUGGCGCUGCUGCCGCGUGGCUUCACCUUUGUGCCGCGCCCCAACGCCGACGAGGUGCAGGCUGUCUUCAGCGUGCCGCUCUCGCUCUUCCUGCAGCCUGAGCAUCACCGGCACGAGGACCAUGAGUGUCCUCCUCCUCCUCCUCCUCCACAGCCUUCCAUGGCAGCUUCCCCUGCUGUGCUCACGGGGCAAGUUUCAAGUGCAGUGGGGAGGGAGGUGCGAGAGGGUGAGGAGGAGCAAGUGGGGGUGGGGGAGGGCGAGCAUUUUACGAUCUGGGGGCUGACGGCUGCGAUCCUCGUACGGGUGUCGUGCGUUGUGUUUGGCCGGUCGGCGCCAUUUGGAGAGUUUCAUCCAGAUGCGCCGAACUACGCCACUGUGCUUGCUGAUCUGGCCAAGAGGCAGUUCCUACAGUUGUAG